AUGCAAAGACGUUCUUGUCCACCCAAUGAGGGCCUGGUCGAGACAAGUAUUGUGGCCGUGGCCGGUGAGAUUGGGGCACCACCACGGCCAGCACCGUCUGGUGGACAGGAUUUCUUGCAUGCUCAAUUGGUUCAGAUUCUUGUAGGCUUUUGGUGCAGCAAUUACUGGCUGGACGUUAGUCGCUUGUCAGACGUGCUGGCUCCACCGCGAUCGGAGACUCUUUAG